AUGAAGACUCUGUUGGGAGACAGGGGUCUUGACAAUAAGUCAGACUCUUUUAACAUCAAAAUAGACGAGGCUUCAGGUGUCCAAAAAGUGGCAGAAUCAAAUACCCUUGAGCAAGAUAACGGAAAAACUCUUUCAGAAUCUGCUACACGCGGCAGAGGAUGGUCGAUAUUCAGAGUUCCAGCACAUGUGCGUGAAGUUGACAACAGAGCUUACAGCCCCAGGAUUGUAAGCAUAGGUCCAUUUCAUCAUAAUCAAGAGGCUCUGAGAGCCUUUGAAGAUCAGAAAAAGCGGUUUCUCAGUCGCCUUCAAAACCAAAGGAGCCGUGGCUGUGUAGUAGAUCUUGAAAAUGCCAUGAAAGAAAUGGAGGAAAAAACCAGAAAAUGCUAUUCGGAGGACUUUGGAGGUAUAAACAGUGAUGAUUUUGUCCGGAUGAUGCUCCUUGACGGUUGCUUUAUCGUAGAGCUCCUGCGCUUGCACACCACCAUGACAACUUCCAAGGGAAAUGGUGAUGUGGAGGAACCCAUUUUAGAAACACGUUGGAUGGUGCCAAAUAUCGGUCGUGAUUUACUUAUGCUUGAGAACCAACUUCCCAUGUUUGUGCUGCAAAAAUAUAUGACAUCACCACCCUCGAGACCAAGGCAAUUACUCCUCUCAACGAGCUUGCUCUCCGAUUUUUUGAACCAUUGA